AUGGUAUUUCAGAUCAGUGUUAGACGUUGGAUCUUAGUCUUUGCUCUCCUUUAUAUUUGUUUGUUCUUGAAUAACUUUGGAGAUGCUGAUGAUGAUGAGCCUGAUACUCAGAUAGGUGGUGGUGGUGGUGGAGCUGGUAAUGGCGGUGGUGGCGCUGGUUUUGGUGGAGGUUCGGGGGUUGGUAGUAGUGGCGGUGGCGGAUCAGGAGUUGGCGGUGGCAGCGGCAGUAGCGGAAGCUUUGGAGAUCCUACUCCAAUCAUCUCAAAAGCCUUGCUUUGUUUCAAUGAUAAAUAUAUUUAUCAAAGCUGUGAAGAGUCAUACAGAUUGAGCGAAAAUGGAAAUCUAGAUAUACCUUCUGAAAAAACUGAUGUAUUCUGUGAAGGACCAUGUAUGUCUGAGACAAACUUGGUUCUCGGUUGCAUUGACAACAUUUUCAGCAACUUCAUAUUCUACAAUAGAGCAACCAUACAUGAUGUUAAAGAAACAAUUCUAGCUGGAUGUGGUUAUGGUCCUCAAAGAGGUAACUUUAAUGUGGCUGAGCAUAUCCAGACUGAAGAAAACAAUGCUGUGAAGACUACUAGCCAUGUUCUAAUGGGUCUUGCUUUUAUUAUGAUGAUCUAA